CCCCAAAUUCCACAUUCUUCUACACAAUUCACAUUUCAAAUUUCAAAUUCUCUUCCAAUUUCAGUCCAUUCUCUCUCCAAUCUCCAUCCUCAAUCUUUUACAAAAACUUAACAAAAAUGGAGGCCAUGAGAAUGAGAGCUGCUUUCGCCGUCGUGUUGAUGCUCAUCGCUGUAUUCUCCGUACAAAAUGUAGCCGCCGUUGACGCGCCUGCUCCGGCACCUGCCUCCGACGCUUCCACAUUCUUCCCUACAGCAUUUGCGUCUCUUGUUGCUUUGGCCUUUGGACUUCUAUUUUGAUUUUGAUUUAUGGUUUAUGAGUUCAUAUCCAUUCUUUGAUUGGAUUACCUAAUGUUGAUGAUGUAAAGUGGCAACUUCUUUUUUAAUUUUUAUUUUUACAUUUACUUUUGACAAUUCUUUCUUGUGUAAUACUAUAUAUUUUAUUUGAUUGGAGUGACUUUUUUUAAUUAAUUACUUCA